AUGCCGAAAUAUAAGUCCAUCUUCUCUCCAAGCGCUGUUCUCUUACUGACCUUCAAUCACUCUUCUGUAGGCGAUUACUGCGAUGUCUACCUCACUCACGACAGUAUGAGCGUGAGAAAGGCCCACAACAGCGGUCGCAACCAUCUCAGAAACGUAGUCGACUACUACCAACAGAUCGGUCACGAAAAGGCUCAAUCAGUCAUCGAUAGCAUUACUUCUUCGUACGCCGCCGAAGGACAAGCAAGCGCGAAUCCCAUGUUACCCGGCGGAACCCAUGCUGGUGUAGCAGCCAUGCCCUUCGGUUUCCCUCCUGGCAUGCCUCCACCACCUGGCGGUAUGCCGUUCCCUCCACCGGCUGCAGGUCGCGGUAUGCCACCAUUCCCAUUCCCUCCCAAUGGAAUGCCUCCUUUCCCUCCGAACGGAAUGCCACCGCCUGCAGGCAUGCCUUUCCCUCCUCCUGGCGGUAUGCCCUUCCCUCCACCAGCUGGUAUGCCAUUCCCACCUAGCCCUGCUCCUGGUGCCGGCGCCCCUCCACCUGGAAUGCCCAUGUCGCACGACCCAAGACGCCAAUAG